AUGCUGGUCAGCUCGCUUCUUCUCUGCGCUUUCGCCGCGACAGGCCUUGCCCAGGCCCCUGAAGGCUACCGCGCUGUAUACAUCACCUCGAUGGUGAACACGAAGUUUGUUGUUGUGCCCAAGGCCCGUACUAGCGGUAGCACUCUUGUUGUCAAGACGGCGGCAGCGAAGCCAGAGCAACAGUGGUACAUCAAAGGCGGCCAGAACACCAAGAUCCAACUGGCGAACAGCACUCUCUGUGUAGAUGCCGGUGCUAAAUCGAACUGGAAGGACAUGGCCAGCCUCUCGAUCACAAACUGCUCUGACACCGUGGACGGGCAGAAGUGGAACGUCAUGGCGGACGGAAGAAUCGCCCUCCAACUAUCGAGCCCACAGGAAUGUAUUGACCUCCAGUACAUGCGCGCCACGGAGAACAAUCCGGUCGGUCUGUAUAGCUGCGCGGGAUUGGGCAACACCGGUGCUGCGGACAAGGGCAUCAACUGGCCGCUUGCUAAUGCCACAACCCCGUGA